GACAACCGGAAGCUGCACUCUGAAACUGACCGAAACGGGAUACUUCUUGGUGUGAUGGCGAGGUGAUGUGCCCGUCAGAGGAGUGAUAAGGCCCGAGCAGCCAUGACUGAGUGCUUCCUGCCCCCCAGCAGCAGCCCCGCAGAGCAGCGCAGGGCCGAGCACCCAGGGGGCGUGGCCCGCACCCCCAGCUCCGAGGAGAUCAGUCCAACCAAGUUCCCCGGCUUGUACCGCACCGGUGAACCAUCGCCGCCUCACGAUGGCCAUCACCACGAGGCCCCUGACGCCUACGUCUCAGACGACGACAAAGAGCACAGCAAGAAGAAGAACAAGUUCAAGAAGAAGGAGAAAAGAACGGAGGGAUACGCGGCCUUCCAGGAGGACAGUUCAGCAGACGAAGCAGAGAGCCCGUCCAAGAUGAAGCGCUCCAAGGGAAUCCACGUGUUCAAGAAGCCCAGCUUCUCCAAGAAGAAGGAGAAGGACUUUAAGGUGAAGGAGAAGGGCCCCAAGGAGGACAAGGCCAAGGAUAAGAAGUCUAAAGACCUGACGGCUGCAGACGUGGUCAAACAGUGGAAGGAGAAGAAGAAGAAGAAGAAACCGACAACAGAGGCCGAGUCGGUCCCAGUGGAGACCCCCACCUUCAGGCCCAUCUUUGGAGCACCUCUGACUGAAGCCGUCAAGAGGACGGCGCUGUACGAUGGGAUCCAGCUGCCCGCCAUCUUCAGAGAGUGUGUGGACUACAUCGAAAGUUACGGCAUGAAGUGUGAAGGCAUCUACAGGGUCUCAGGUAUGAAGUCUAAGGUGGAUGAAUUGAAAGCAGCUUAUGACCGCGAGGAGUGCCCCUGCCUGGAGGAGUACGACCCCCACACCGUCGCCAGCCUGCUGAAGCAGUACCUACGUGAGCUGCCGGAGAACCUGUUGGGCCGGGAGCUGGCCCAGCGCUUCGAGGACGCCUGCGGUCGGCAGGUGGAGGCCGAGAAGAUGACGGAGUUCCAGAGGCUGCUGGCCGAGGUGUCGCCGGAGAGCCGACUUCUUCUCUCCUGGCUCAUCACGCACAUGGACCACGUCAUCGCCAGGGAGGCGGACACCAAGAUGAACAUUCAGAAUAUCUCCAUCGUCCUCAACCCAACCAUUCAGAUCGGGAACCGUGUUCUCUACAUGUUCUUCACACACGUGAGGGAGCUGUUUGGAGACGUCGUCCUGAAGCCGGUGGUGCGGCCGCUCCGCUGGUCCAACAUGGCAACCAUGCCGGCGUUGCCUGAGACCCAGGAGAGCAUCAAGGAGGAGAUCCGACGACAGGAGUUUCUGCUGAACUGCCUGCACAGGGACCUGCAGGCGGGGGUGAAGGACUUGUCUAAAGAGGAGCGACUCUGGGAGGUUCAGAGGAUCCUGACUGCUCUCAAACGCAAACUGAGGGAGGCCAAACGUCAGGAGUGUGAGAGUAAGAUAGCCCAGGAGAUUGCCAGCCUCUCAAAGGAAGACGUUUCAAAAGAGGAAAUGACUGAGAAUGAAGAGGAAGUCAUCAAUCUCCUCUUAGCACAGGAAAAUGAGAUCCUCACAGAGCAGGAGGAGCUGAUCUCUCUUGAGCAGGUGCUCCGUAGACAGAUUGCUACAGAGAAGGAAGAAAUCGAGAGACUGCGAGCUGAGAUUGCAGACAUACAGAGUCGGCAGCAGGGUCGCAGUGAGACGGAGGAAUAUUCGUCUGACAGUGAAAGUGAGAGUGAAGAUGAGGAAGAGCUGCAGAUGAUUCUGGAAGAUCUGCAGAAGCAAAACGAGGAACUGGAGAAUAAAAACACUCACCUGAACCAGGCCAUCCACGAGGAGCAGGAAGCCAUCUUGGAGCUCCGCGUCCAGCUUCGCCUCCUGCAAAGCCACAAACUGCAGCAGGAACUGACCGUCCAGCCGCCGGCUGAGCAGGCCCCGCCCACGCAGCCGAGCCCCGAGCCCCGCAGCGAGGAGCAAAACAAACGCUCCGUUGCCGCGGCCGCUGCAGGUGCAGACGCCGCUGCCUCGACCAACGGCAAGGCAGCUAAGGAUCCUUCAAAACCCUCGCCGAACAAAGACAGGAGAGACACCAACAUGUGAGAGGUCAUCUCAGCGACGUGUGCUGUUGUACAUCUCUGCCGCUGGUCAGUUGUCCCGUAGCGUCGCUCGUUAUCCACUGGAGAUUUCACUUUGCUGGAGUUCAUUAGUGCAUCGUGUCCACCAAGCGACAGCCAAGGAAACGUCCGUUACACUGUCUUUGUCGUCAGAAAUCAAACACCUUGUUUCCCAUUUUUCCAUGCAAAACACAAAGAAAUAAAGUAGCGGACAACUGCUGUGAGAGACGAGGUGGACAAUAUUAACACAUCCACAGUGCCAAGCCUGUAUGAAGGAAGACGGGGGGAGGAGAAAUGAAGGGUUUCAUAACGCAAGUGAUGGAAGAAAGUUAAAAAAAAAAAAAAAAAAAAGUCAGGCACCUUCCCAGUAUAUGACAGUUUAUUUUUUGCUGGUCUGGUCUCAAGAAAUGACCCUGUACAUAAUAUCAGUCCCUGUAUAACUCUAUGUCCCUCACCUAGACGCAAAUUGGACAUGUUAGGAUAGAGACCACUGUGCCAUAACCGAAGAUGCCAGACUGGACCCCAGAGAACCACUAAUACAAAAGCUCUUUGAAUAAUGAAGAAAUUUAUGAUUGGUCUAUCUAUAUAUUAUAUAUUUAAGUAGUGUUCUGAAGAAUACGGAUGACUAUUCGAGAAAUACGUUGAUUUUUAAGUUCCUGCUUCUUUUUAGUAAUAUAUGAAUAUAUGUAUAAAUAUAUUGUAGAUGCUUUCUUAUGAACAGCAGAUGCACAUAAACACAAAGACUUCGCAAACAAAUAGGCAACAAAAGUAUAUUCAUCACUGGAAAGUGUAGACAAACAGCUGGAGGCGGCGUUGUUACAGUCACGUUUUGCUCUGUAGUGCAAUCAUCGUCUCUGCUCUCUCUGCCUCUCUUGUACAAACCGAGGAAACUAUAAAAAAGACUUCAGCGACAGCGAUCUGCCUUGGAGCCAGAGUUUGGUGCCACGUCUGUUGACUUUAAUGGAGCAGGCAAAGCAAAUCACAUUAUAAUCCAUCAUAUCUUUGUUGUUUCAGCUUUGACUGAAAGUCCCUCCACAGAAUUAAAAAAACAUGCAUUACGUGCCGAUGCUUUUUAUUUAAAAUGUGCACAAUCGUUUUUCUUGUUAUUAGUCUUCAAACUGAUCAUGGCUCUUAACGUCAGCUGCAUAAAACUCAACUUAAGGUGCUUUUUGUUCCAAAAUAGCUGACUUACCUUCAAAUGUUUACAGUAUUUAAUAAUAGGUUCCCACAUCUCAAAGUCAGUGGCUGUUUUGAAUGAGUUUUUGGUUGGGUGCCUGAAAAAAGAGGAAAAAGAAUUUAACAUUUUGUUCUACGGCAUAAAACACGUCAGUAAAUACCCCACUUGUGAACUCUGAAGCUUUUGUGUCUUAUAAAAGGCGAUUGCUAACAAGGGACUGAAUAAAACUACAGUGCGUCAUCACACCGAGCCGCGCCAAACACGGCUUUACAGCCUCGCUGUGAUGGCGACGUUAAGUUGUGCGAACGUACUGUGGUUCAUUUAUAGCCUAACAUUACCUUUUUACUUCUGGUGAUUGAAUUCAGGCUUUGAAAAUCUUUUUGA